AUGCCCACAAACAAGAAUAAAACGCUGAGGUUGCAAGGAUCUUUAAGUAAAAAUGGAACAGGACGUGUUGAAGUGUUCUUCAAUGGACAUUGGGGUACAAUCUGUGAUGAUGGAUGGGAUUUCAAAGAUGCUAGAGUUGUUUGUCGUCAACUUGGUUAUCAAGAUGCUGUUAGAGCUCUUCAGGGAGGUCAGGUUCCAGAUGGUUCUGGACGGAUAUGGUUAGACGAGGUUGGAUGCAAAGGAAUGGAGGAAAAUUUGAUAAGUUGUUCUCAUAAAGGUUGGGGAGAACAUGAUUGCAAUCAUGACGAAGACGCUGGAGUAGAAUGUGUUUCAACAGCUAAUAUAAUGUUGAGGUUACAAGGAUCUUUAAGUAAAAAUGGAACAGGACGUGUUGAAGUGUUCUUCAAUGGGCAAUGGGGAACAAUCUGUGGUCAUGAAUGGGAUUUUAAAGAUGCUAGAGUUGUUUGUCGUCAACUUGGUUAUAAAGAUGCUGUUAGAGCUCUUCACGGAGGUCAGGUUCCGCAUGGUUCUGAACGGAUAUGGUUAGACAAGGUUGAAUGCAAAGGAAUUGAGCAAAAUUUGAUAAGUUGUUCUCAUAGAGGAUGGGGAGAACAUGAUUGCAGUCAUUACGAAGACGCUGGAGUAGAAUGUAUUUCAGCAGCUAAUAUAAUGUUGAGGUUACAAGGAUCUUUAAGUAAAAAUGGAACAGGACGUGUUGAAGUGUUCUUCAAUGGACAAUGGGGAACAAUCUGUGAUCAUGGAUGGGAUUUCAAAGAUGCUAGAGUUGUUUGUCGGCAACUUGGUUAUCAAGAUGCUGUUAGAGCUCUUUGGGGAGGUCAGGUUCCUAAUGGUUCUGGACGGAUAUGGUUAGACAAGGUUGAAUGCAAAGGGUUUGAGCAAAAUUUGAUAAGUUGUUCUCAUAGAGGAUGGGGAGAACAUGAUUGCAGGCAUUCCGAAGACGCUGGAGUAGAAUGUAUUUCAGCAGCUGAUAUAAAGCUGCGGUUACAAGGAUCUUUAAAUAAAAAUGGAACAGGACGUGUUGAAGUGUUCUUCAAUGGACAAUGGGGAACAAUCUGUGAUUAUGGAUGGGAUUUCAAAGAUGCUGAAGUUGUUUGUCGUCAACUUGGUUAUCAAGGUGCCGUUAGAGCUCUUCGCGGAGGGAAGGUUCCUCAUGGUUCUGGACGGAUAUGGUUAGACGAGGAUGGGGAGAAAAUGAUUGCAGGCAUUUCCAAGACGCUGGAGUAG